AUGUACAUCACACAGAUAGUCACGGCGCUGGCGCUGGUCACACUCCUUCCUUCUAGCUUUGCUUACCCCUACCUACAAAGAAGGGCCGACGCUGUCGUCAUAACCGAGGAUCAACUCCUCAAGAUUGCACCGAAGUCGAAGGAUUGCACUCCCACCGACACUGAGUGUUCGCCAGCCUCAAAGGCCGCAGGUUUCAUAAGCAGCGGGUUCAAGACGUACAACAUCACAUCACCCGCGGUCGCUGCUGCGUUGGUAGCCACUAUGGCGUUGGAAUCUGGAGAGUUCAAAUAUGCCCGUAACAAGUUCCCCGCCCCUGGAAAGCCAGGCCAAGGUACCAGAAACAUGCAGAGCCCCGAUUUCAACAAACAAUACUUGACCUCAAUUGAUGAGCUCAAAUCUCAAGUUACCGAUGACGUUUCAAAGAAUUUGGACCUUCUGGUCCAUUAUGGUGAUGUAGAUUUCGGCUCAGCGGCAUGGUAUCUUACCACACAGGAUCCAUGCAAAGGCAUGACAGACAAGCUUGCUUCAGGAAAGCAAGACACAUUCGAAUCCUAUGUCAAGGAUUGCUUGGGCACAACCUCGACACCGGACAGGGAUGGUUAUUGGACAAAGGCCGUUGAUGCACUUGGAGUCAAACCUGCGUGA